AUGGCUAGUGCUGCUCUAUCAAAUGAUGACUUUCCAAUGAACACAGACGAUAAAAAUCUUGAAAUAUUUUCUCUUAUUUGGCUCGAUAAGAAUGCGAACAUUAAAGAUACUCGAGAUACAGAACAAAAAUUACGUUCUAUUAUCAAUCAUUUGAAGAAAUUUGAAGAUGUAAAACAAUGUCAACAAUUUAUUGAACAAAGAUCAAAAAAAGAUCGAUUAAUGCUUAUUGUUAAUGGUCAAUUAGGACAAGAAAUAGUGCCAUUGAUUCAUAAUCUUCGACAAGUUAUGUCAAUCUAUGUUUAUUGCAUGGAUAAAAAGAGCAAUGAACAAUGGGCUUAUAAAUUUGCAAAGGUGAAAAGUGUUAUUGUUGACCUUGAUGAACUUAUCUUUCGAAUUACAGAAGAUCAUAAAAUCCAAAAAAAAGUAGAAGAACCAUUAUCAAUCAAUGUUUUCACAACAAAUAGUGAUGAAGGUAAAUCAACAACAGGAUUAAAUGGUCAAUUUGUUUUUUCUCAAGUUCUUAUUGAUUGUCUUGUACGAUUAAAAUCUACUCAAACAGAUAAAACUGAACUUAUUAAUCUUUGUAAAACUGAAUAUGCAGGUAAUCAUAGUGAAUUAAAUAAUCUUCGUGAAUUUGAAGAAGAAUAUUCAUCUAAUAAAGUAUUAUGGUGGUAUACAAAAGACUCAUUCUUUUAUAAAACUCUGAAUGCAGCAUUACGUACUCAAAAUAUUCAUAUGAUUUUUUUAUUUCGUGAGUUCAUAUCAGAUAUUCAUCGUCAGUUGCAAUAUGAUCAAACAAAUAAUCCUUUACAAGUUUAUCGAAGUCAGCUGAUAUCAAACGAUGAAUUAGAUUAUCUCAAACAAAACAUUGGUCAAUUCAUUUCCAUAAAUUCAUUUUUUUCCACUAGUACAAAUCGUACAACAGCUCUCUUCUUCCUAGGUGAUACAACUUCACUGAUUGGUUUGAAAUUGGUGGGAAUAUUGUUCGAGAUCGAUGCCGAUCCUCAGAUGGUUACUACAAAACCAUUUGCUGAUAUCAGUAAAUACAGUCAUUUUACUAAUGAAUCAGAAGUACUCUUUAUGAUUAGUUCACUUUUUCAUCUUAAUAGUAUUAUUUGUAAUGAUGAUCAUGUUUGGAUCAUUAAAAUGAGUUUGUGUAGUGAUGAUGAAAAUGAUUUAAAACAAGUUCUUUUACGCAUGAAACAACAACUUGGAAAGGGAGAAACAAAUCUUCGAACAUUAGGAAGAGUAUUAUGGGAAAUGGGAAAACUUGAUUUAGCUGAAAAAUAUAUUAAACGUUUAUUAAAUGAACUUCCAUCUAAUAAUCAAUUGCGUUGCAACUUAUAUGAAGAUCUUGGUAAAAUUGCUUCACAGAAAGGUGAUUAUGAUAUGAGUAUUCAAUGGUAUCAAAAAGCUCUUGAAGUUCCAAAACAAAAUAUAUCAACUGAUACAAAAUGGAAACAACGGGGAAUCAGUAUUGUGAAAGAAAAUAGUGCAGGAAUUACAUACGGUCUACUCUCUUGUCCUUUUGGCAUAUGUAGUGAUGAUGAUCAAAACAUUUAUAUUGUUGACCAUUUCAAUCAUCGUAUUGUUGAAUGGAAAUGUAAUGCAACAAAUGAUCCAAUUGUUGCAGGUAGAGAUGGAAGUGAAGAUCAAACGAAGGAAUCACAUUAUCCAAAAGAUGUGAUUAUUGAUAAAGAAAAGAAUUCUUGGAUCACCUCUGAUUAUUAUAACAGACGAGUAAUGCGAUGGUCUCUUGAUAAUAAUAUAAAAAAUGGAGAAAUUAUCAUCAAGGAUAUUGCCUGUUAUGGUUUAGCAAUGGAUAAGAAUGGGUCUCUUUAUGUCUCUGAUUACAGCAAGAAUGAAGUGAGACGAUGGAAAAGAGGAGACCAAAGUGGAACAAUUGUAGCGGGUGGCAAUGGGAAAGGAAAUGACCUCAAUCAACUCAAUGCUCCUACUUUUAUCUUUGUUGAUGAAGAUUAUUCAUUGUAUAUAUCAGAUAGGAACAAUCAUCGUGUGAUGAAAUGGUUAAAAGGUGCAAAAGAAGGAAUUGUUGUUGCUGAUGGAAAUGGUUGUGAAGAUAGUUGGGCACAUUUCUUGUGUCCUGAAGGAGUGAUUGUCGAUCAAUUGGGUCAAAUCUAUGUGGCAGAUUCUUUCAAAGAUCGAGUAAUACGUUGGUGUAAAGGAACUGAAGAAGGAACGAUUAUUGUUGGUGGAAAUGGACGCGGAGAGCAAUCAAAUCAGCUCAAUUAUCCCACCCGUUUGUCAUUUGAUCGAGAAGGAAAUCUUUAUGUCGUUAAUUGGGGGAAUAAUCGAAUACAAAAAUUUGAAAUAAAGCAUUGA